UUUUUUUUUUUUUUUAGGAAAAAAAAACUAUGAGCAAUCUAUAUAACCAAAUUGUUAUAUUUGGUGAUUCUCUUACUCAGUUUAGUCAUAAUGCUUUUGAAAAAGGAUGGGGUGCUGCACUUCAAUAUUCUUAUAUUAGAAAAUUGGAUGUCUUAAAUAGGGGCUUUUCAGGUUAUAAUACUGAAUUAGCAAAACAUUUACUCCCACAAUUAUUACCAAAGAAAAAUAAUCCAACUAAAAAUCCAAAAGUAUUUUUAUUAAUUAUAUUUUUUGGAGCGAACGAUGCGGCUAUUCAACCAUCAGUUCAACAUGUUUCACUCGAAAAAUAUAAAGAAAACCUUAAACAAAUGAUUAAUAUCAUUAAAGAUCCAGACUCUCCUUAUCAUUCACCUGAAACAAGAAUUUUACUUGUUACACCACCCCCAUUAAAUGAAGAAGCUCGAGUGAAGCAUAAAGGACUUAAAGAUAGAAAAUCCGAUGUUACUGCUAAAUAUGCUCAAGCAUGUGUAGAUUUAGCUAAUGAGUUAAAUGUUCCCGUUCUAAAUUUAUGGAAAUUGAUGACUGAUAAGGUGACAUUAACUAACGUGACCUUAAAUGAUUUAUUAUCUGAUGGUAUACAUUUUUCCUCUCUUGGAAACGAAACUUUAUUCCAUGAAUUAUUGGAUACAAUUCGAAAGAAUUGGCCAGAAUUGGAUCCUGAUAAUUUGAAACCGCUUACGCAUCUAUGGACUGAGUUAAAUUAUGAAAUAAAUCUCGAACAACAAGUCAAUUCUCUUGAAUUUAACAUUAUUAAUCAACUUGGUGAUAGUCUUUAAAAAAAAAUAAUAAUUAACUGACCUAUAAAUUAUAAUUU